AUGGCAAACUUCUGGUCUCAUCUUCUAAGAAGAGGGUCCAGGAGAUUGCAAACAUCAUUACUUUCACCAUUAUUCUCUUGGAUCUUUUGCAGUGCACACCCUUCCAGGUGGCACAAUCUCACUCAAUGCAAGCUGCUAAUUAUCAAGACCUCCCGCCCAUUCCCUGGGAAAGCCUGGCUCCACUAUGACAUUGCCUUUCAGAGGGAUGCAGCAGCAUCUGGUCUGACAGAUUGGUCCCGCAUGAAUCUGGAUCUUUACAGUUUUCUUACUCGCACUUAACCAUUUCAGUCAUGUUCCUCCUAAAAUGGCUCCCCACAGGCCUCUUGUUCCUCUGCCCUGUCAUCCAAUUUCUGCCAUGCAUGAAAUGAUGGUUCCUGCCAAUGGCCCUUUGGUCAGUGCCACUAGUGUGAAGGUGACCACCCCUGUGUCAACUGUGGGGGCGUUCUUUUCAGGUGUCCAGGUCACAUAUCCAGCAUGUCCGCUUGGCAACCCCAACUCAGAGUAAGCACGAGCGGCAUUAACAUGGUCGCCAACCCUCAUAGUGGUUCUUGUCAAAAGGACCUUGUACAUAGUGUAAAUACGUUAUGUUCUGUUCAAUCUGAAGACAGUUUGUUCACCGUUUCCGAUAACACAUCUCUUUCUGUUACUAAUUUACCUGCCACGUGCCAGUUCACGUCUGUACAUAGUGUAAAUAUGUCACAUUCAGUUCAGGCCUCAAAUGAUUUGUUAGCGAUUUCGGCGAAUGCUCCCCUUUCGACUGAAGAAUUACCUGCCAAAUGCCAGGUGAUGUCAGCCCAUCCUCCUGGCUUCAAGUUGUCCUCCUUCCCACGUUCUGUGCGUGAAGAACUGGUCCCUUCAUCCAGGGUUACCCCAAUAAACGCCUACAAACUUCAGCAUGAGUUAUGCCUUCACCCCAAUCAAGCAUUACUGGACUAUGUAAUUUCUGCUCUUAGCUUUGGUUUUCGUCUUGGUUUCAGCCCAGAGUCCGUCUCCUUAAAAUUGGCAAGUCAAAAGAUGCCUACGGUGUGUUUUCAGCCUUCGGUAAUUGACCUCUAUCUCAUCACAGAACUUGAGAAAGGUCGUUUUGCUGUCCCCUUCUCAACCUCUCCUUUAUUACACCUUCAGAUCAGUCUCUUCGGAAUAACUCUGAAGAAAAUUAAUACUAGCCCGGCAAAUAGCGGCCUAUUUUGAACUCGUCUAGUCCCCAAGGUCACAGUGUUAAUGACAGGAUUCCAAAAGACCAAUUUUUAGUUCAGUAAAUGAAGGUUGACAAUAUCAUUGAUGGCAUCAUGAUCCAUGGUCGGGGAACUCUUUUGGCUAAAUUUGAUGUACAAAGUGCAUAUCGCAUCAUUCCUGUGUAUUCUCAUGACUGUUACCUGUUAGGCAUAAAAUCGCAGGGGAAAUACUUCAUUGAUUUGGCCGUACCCUUUGGUUUACGCUCGGCUCCUUUUAUGUUCUCUUCCUUUGCUGACCAGCUUGAGUGGAUUCUAAAACACAAUUAUGAAGUACAAUUUCUAUUACAUUACUUGGAUGACUUCCAUACCUUGGGCCCUCCUGACUCUCCUGUUUGGCAACAAAACCUGGAUAUCUGUGUUCUUCACUUUUCAGAGAGUGGUAUUCCCCUCCACGCUGAUAAGCUUAUGGGCCCUUCCAUGUGUCUGACUGUCCUAGGCAUUGAGUUGAACUCGCUGACGUUUCGGGCUCGCCUCUCUCAGGAGAAGUUUGACCAUAUUGCUGCUCUUUUGGACAACUGA